AUGUUCGACACUUGCGAAGACGUCGUGGCGGAGCCGGCCGACGCCGUGUUCAAGGCUGCUCGCGAAGGAAGGCAGGGCUCGCACUCCAUCGACGGCGGGGAGCUCGUGGUGAACUCCGCCGCCCUCCAAAGCUUCACUUUCCCAGAGUUUUUCUUCAGGUGCUCCGCUGCAUUCAAGCAGGUCGAGUGCAGGGGUAUGGUUUGGCAACGGCUUCAACUUGGACGAAGCGUGCGUCUCGGCAUUGCUACCAAAGAUAAGACGUUCUCCGCGAACGCGUCGUUGCUGAAUUCGCUGCUGCUGUCCGGCAAAACCAAGAGGGCGACGCGGACAAGCGCCAAUUUCGGGGCGUCGAGGGGCAAGACCGCGUCCAUCUCCAUACUCGGUAACGCCCACCCCGACACGGCGAUUCCCAUGGGCCGCGGAUGCCCGGGCCCCCGCGCGGCGGUCACGAAGGUGCGGUUCGUGUUCUGCCUCGACCGCGUGGUAACUCGACACGCGCCCUUGCCUGAGGGCGGCCCGCUUGAAGCGGGAAACGUUGGGUGGACGUGGCUACCGCUCGCGGCCCAGCAAGCCGCGGUCUAUGGGUGGGACCGCUUCAAGGACGACCCCGCAGCCGCGAUCCGCGCCGAGCUCCGCGUUGACGACUGCUCUCAGUCCUCGCCAUGCGAGGGC